UGGAGGGUUAAAGGCAAGAAAGAAAAAGAAGCCACCAUAGGAUCGUAACACAUUUGAAUUCAUCUUGGUUUUAUAUAAACUCAGUAAAGUUAAAAUUUUCUAGAGUAAGCUGAGCCAUUUUAAAUGAUAAUUAGCUUGUAGAUAUGUAUUGAGAAAUCCUGCAGAUUAAUAUAAAAUGUCAGGACUUUCAAUAAGUUGUGUGACUUUCCCAUUUGAAAUAAAACAUCUACACAGAUACAUUUGAUAAGUAGAACGUGUAGAUGUGGACCACGAUGAACAGUUUGGCUCUUAAUUAUGAGUGUAGUUUCAAGUGAAGAAAAGUCUGCAUCUAACUGUUUUGAAAAGUAACUAUCUACUUGGUUUAGGUGUCUUCAUUUGCCAUACAUUAUUAUAUUACACACAAACGAGGGAGCCGAACGUCCGAAUAGUGACACAAAGGAGGGAGCCUAAUGCCCGAACAGUUGCUCAAAAAAUUAUUUUCUCUAAAUAUUUAUGAUACGAGACGCUUCAGCAUUUAUAAAAACAUUUGGAUAAUGUGGGUCUUAUAAGACACGGUCUGAAAACGGUAUGAUAAUGGCUGCGAUUCUUUGACUAAAAAAGGACUACUCAAUCGAGGCUCAAUGAAACCUGUGCCUAAACAACAGCAACCUUGAAUGUCAAAUUUCCAAGCUGUCUUCCGUUAAAAGGACAUACACUUCACUGAAACUGCUGACCGUACCCCAAAUCAUCGCUCAUUUGUCCGUCAUUUCAAAAACAUUUUAGACUUUUAAUUCUACAUUAUUUGUUCUUCGAGAUGCGGGGUUUUUUUCUAACUAGUAACAUGUUUGAAGUUUGUAGGAUACAUCAAUGUGAAUCGAACCAACAACAAUACAUUAUUAGCAGCUUUAUCGAUCGAAGGUCAAUUUAGUAUUAACAGUGAAGUUUGUUAGUUAACAUCCAUACUUUUCUGGGUUGACAUUAUGAAUAUCCACUUGAUACGAAAAUACAAACAUAGAUAAGCCUUCAUUCCUUCAAGGUCUUAAACACUCUACUUGUUAUUGUCAUUCAACAUUAAAUGUGAUAUGUCCAGUGUAAAAUACAAAGCAUAAGUCAAUGGGAUGCUAUCGAUUUAUUGCUAAAUUAAAAUAGGCUCGUUUUUGCUCACCAAACGUAUAAAUACUGGCAACUUGUUUCAAGAUGUAUUUUUGCGGAGACCGGUGAACAGAAGCGGCCAAUGAUUGGAAAAGUAACGAAGCUGUGAGUGAAACUGAUAAUUUACUAAUAAUCGUGAAAGCAAAAUACUUUGGAAAGAAAGGAACGACAAUAUAAGACCCCUAAGUUUACGAACGUGUCUGAGAAAAGCGAAAUAACCUGCGGACAAAUUCUAGAGUCAGAGGGAAAGAAAGUUGCACAUCUGUCUAAAUAAGAGAGUAAAAAAAUCUGGAGUUAUUGUUUUAAGAACAUAUCUUCUUGAAGCCAAAGUAAAACUAAAUCAACUGUGAAAUAUCCUAAGUUUUUUCUUGAAUUGUCAGAAGGAAGAGACUAAAAGAAAUAAUGUUUAUCGAAAGUAAAUAUAAGAAACUUUAAAAUGCAGAAGAUAUUGUUUCCAGUGAGACUCGUCUGGUUGGUUGAUUUUUAACUAAAAGGGAAGUUUCCUCAAUAAAUCCUGUAACAGUCAUGAAUCUUAAAGGAAUGGAAAUAUCAAUUCAAUAUCAGUUGAUUCUCCCGUUGCUACCAGCUUUGAUGCUUGUAUUUUCCGGAACUCCUGUAAUUGGAAUAUCAACGUAUAGAGAAAACCUAUUCAAAAAAAUUACAACAUCAAAAUGCUUAGCUGACCAGAAUAAAACAACUAAAUACGCGUCAUCUCCUAUAGAAUGUUCAGUCCGGUGUAUUUCACGCGAUGAGUGUGAAUAUCUCAGCUAUUGUAAUGGCGCAUGUUAUAUGCAUCGAUUGUUCUACGAAAAAGAAAUCGAAGAUUAUGAUUGCAACUGUUCAUCGUAUAUUUUGGUCCAGGGGAACGGGUCUUCUACUUCCCACAGAUGCAACGAAACUUUUGUAAAGACUCCGAAAUCAUGA